AUGACCCGCAGCGACGAACAGUGGACGACUGCUGUCCACCAGCCGCGAGCGUUGUAUACUGAAAACAAGUCACCGCAUGUUUUCUGCCACGACGCCCACGAGCGCUGCGAACCGAAUCCGUCGGCGGACUUGACGCCUUCCGGACGACUGAAGCGCUCAGCGCUCUGCCCCUUGGCCCGCUUUGAUUUCGGCGCUGGCCCUCCUGCCCUUUCUGCUGCCCAACAAAACGUGGCGGCGGUCGAGUCAGGUCCGGCGUUAACACUGAAACAUUGUACUGGCGACCGACGACCCGACCACGUGAUUGACUUGACCCUCAACGACGAAGACAGUGGAGACGACGAGACGAGGGCGCGACCGCCACUGGCUGUAGCUGCAGCUUCGGCUGUAGCGAUGGCGUCGGACAGUCCACUCGGUAAAUGUGCAGGAAACAGUGCGAACAGUUGCGCUGCAGCUGCGACAAUGCAGGCGCUGCCUCACGGCGAUGCGGCGUCAGAACCGAAGAUGCCGCUGGCAGAAGAGAUCGAGUCGGACGUGGACGAGGAGUGGCCACAAGUGCCAGCGGCUGCAGCUUCGUCCCUGUUGUCGAACGAGUCGCUGUCGAUGGAUCCUCAAGCGACGUAUAGUCGGACGCGGGCGAAGGUGGGGGCGACGUUGGAUGCCAUUUGUAAAGCAGUGCCGUUGGUUCGAGGUGGACCGAGCGACGAUACCGUCGAACGGAGUGAUGAGACUGACUCGAGGAGGCAACGAGAGGUUACUCGGCAUUUGUGCAAUGACAAAGGAGAUGUGGCAAUAGACGCAGAUGUGGGCAGAGACCUUUCACACGACGUGCGUGAAGAGAACGAGAAGGAUGUACCCGUAGUCACUGCGUCCGAUCCGAUUGCAGUAUAUGAAAAUCUGGAGGAUGGCGAGAUUUUUGAAGAAAGAGGUUCUCCCGUGCCGGUGGUACCUAUAAAAGUAGGGAAACCUCCGUCGAUAACUUCAGGCACACCCCCGCGGGACGCAGUCGAGACACGUUUGUACCCACAGCAAAAUAAGCAGAAAAAACGCGGCAAGAAGAAGCCGAAGCGAAAGCUCGAGGCAAUGCAAAUGAUGCAUACCCCGCCAUGUGGAACGGGUGCGGACUUCAAGCGUACGAUACGCCAGCGAGCGUACGUUGACGCGUUGCCACCCAACCAGCGCAGGCUUGCGCUUGCGAGGAAUAGUUUACGAGGCGAAGCGAUGAAUGUGCGUCCUGUGUAUCAAGAGCCACCUCCAGCAUUUUGUCAUGCUGGCGACCCUCGUGCUGGUAUUCUACAUUCGCCGGCAGGACCCCCGCUACAGCGACGAUUGGCUCCCCCACCUGUACUGCAAUACGGAGACAGUCAGAUUCUGCGCAUAAACCGUCAAGGCAGUGUCGAGAUGCUCGAAGGUGGAGCUGGGUCGUCUCUUCAUCGGACGUUUUCGGAGCCACUAAUGCAGGGUGAGCCUGCGUUGUUUGUUCACUCGACAUUUCCGGACCCGCCGAUGCAUGGUAGAGCCGGACCGUCGUAUAGCCCGGCGUUUUCGGAGCCGUCGAUGCGAAGCAGGGCAGCGUUGUUUCCUCACCCGACGUUUCCAGAGCCAGUGAUGCAAGGUGGGUUUCAGUACCGUCCGGUGCCGAUGCCUGCAUCUCUACCCAUGUCAAACAGACCAGGUGUUCCGUUGAAGCGCUUCGCGGGUGCUUCGUCCCAGCCCCCACACAUGCCUACCCCACAUAGCAAUGUUGCCGCUAGUAAGCAGCGUGAUGAGUCUGAAGAGUUUAAUUUGGACAGUCUCCGAGUGGCUGCGCUUCGAAGCAAGACAAAGUAUGUACCGAAGACAACGGAACGGAUGAACCAGAAGGGGGCAACUGCAGCGCAGUCUAUAUCUCCAUCGUUGCGAUCGCCAGCGAUUGUCGUCCAGAGUGCCAAAGGAGGGGAAAAGCCUGCAGGUCCUGGUAUUGACAAACUACGUCUCGAGAUAUUGCAGUCGAUGAAACGAAAGCGACCUUCCACGACGAACGAUGUGACGCCGAAGAAUGUUUUGCUAGCAAGCGAACCGGUUGCGAUGGAAACUUCUGAUGAAACUGCGUUGAGUGGCAAUGUCAAGGUCGAUCUUUCGGGUUCUCAGACGGACCAAGUAAUGAAGGACGAGUUGUCGGAACCAGCGUUACCGGACGUCACUACUGAUGCUGAUCACAAUGAAGGCGGUCGGCCUAUCAGCAAGACGGACAACCCGGCAACGGGAGAGGAACAAAAGCAGGUAGAUGGCAGUACAAAUCUGGUCAUUGCUGUUUCUUCAGAGGAAGUGAAGCCUCAAACACAACAUACGAUACAACCGCUAGAGUUCCGUCCUUUGACAGCAAGCUCCCAGUCUCUCGUGAUUCGUCUCAGCCCGGAAGACUUUUCGCCGCAUGAUCGCGGAAGUGACACAGACAUCAAGGCUUCCGCUUCCAGCAGCUUGCAAGGUGCGAUCUACGAAAUGAGGCGAAAGAUCGCCGAACGCGAGAAGGAGAAGAUGGAUCGUUUGUUGUUGAGCGCCGCAACUUGGUUGUCGAAGCAAUCCUUGGAGGCUUUGCCAAGCUCAGCGUUACCGUCAACGUCUUCGCCUCAAUUAUCUCGGGAAAAGCAGGCGAGCACCGAAGUUGCGCAGCUAGCAAAUGGUACGACACUGUCUACUUGUGCAAGUGCACCUGCUAUCGAAACUGCAAAGGAUGCACCUAUGGAAGUGAUGGUCGAUGGCGAGGCUAGCGUCAGUGGUCAACCUGAAGCGAGUAUAAUGAGGAAGAUGGUGCUGACACCAUGUGAAGGGGCUGCUUUGUCAGCAAAGACAAUGGAAACGGCAGCAGAUCAAGACUCACAUCUGAAAGAAGCGUUGACGCCGCAAGCACUAAGUGAUACUCUCGGGGUCAGUAUUGUCACUUGUACGCACGUUUCGCCUUCUGUGUUGCAGUACGAAGUGCUUGCAAGCAGUGACGUGCAAAACGCUGAUCCAGCGGGCAGUGUUCGCGUAUAA